UCUGGUGGAGCCGUUGCUAUGCCGACUGCUGUACUUGCGCGUCGACCAGCUGGCCAAUCGCUUCCUGGGAGAAGAUGUGGGUGUGGCCGAGGUACUGGCAGACACCGCCCUCUGGUUGCUAAGGUAUGACUUUACGCUGGAGUUUCCUCGCCCCCUCAUGCCUAAUAUGGUGCUGGUGGGAGGGAUCAACUGCCAUGUCAGGAACCCUCUGCCACAGGAGCUGGAGCAGUGGGUGUCAGGGGAACAUGGCUUCAUGGUGUUCUCUCUGGGCUCCAUGGUGGCGUCUCUACCAGAAGACAUCACUCACAUCUUCCUACAGGCCUUCACCCUCAUACCACAGAAGGUCCUGUGGCGGUACUCUGGGCCUGUUCCUGGCAACGUUCCAGACAACGUGAAGAUGAUGAAGUGGAUCCCUCAGAAUGAUCUGCUGGCUCACCAUGGUGCACGGGCCUUCCUGACCCACAGCGGGACCCAUGGUCUCUACGAAGGGGUGUGUCACGCCGUUCCCAUGGUGAUGCUGCCGUUGUUUGGCGACCAACCUGACAACGCUCAGCGAUUGGCCAGUAAGGGAGUGGGCGUGGUCCUGGAUAUUAACCAUAUCACAGUGGAAACACUGCUACAGGCGCUGGACGAGGUUGUCAACAACCCCAGGUAUAAGUCCAGUGUGCUGAAGCUCUCAGCCAUUCACAAGGACCAACCAGUGGACCCCCUGGAGCUCUCUGCCUAUUGGACAGAGUUUGUGAUGCGCCACAAAGGGGCGGGCCACCUAAGAGCCGCCGCCCAAGACCUCAACUGGUUCCAGUACCACAGCUUGGAUGUGAUUGGCCUGUUGAUCGUCGCGGCGAUGGCCGUUGUCGCGGUGACGUUAAAGUGCUUAUCGCUGUGCGUGCGGAGGUUCACAACCAGGAAGAUUAAGGAGGACUGACCAGUAGGGGCGGAGCCUAGAGGCAACAACAGAUAUCCACAUUUAUUUUACAUUUCCUAAACUGUUGUGUAUUCAAAUUGUGUAUAUCAACUUUUCCUAAUAAACACCUGGAGGACGGACAGCCGUCCCCCUUCUUCUGUUCCACCACCAGCACACCUGGGUCUCCUUCAGUAGAGAGUCAACUGAGUGAAAUGGCAACAUCUCCGUCUGAGGAUAAAGGAACCAACCAAGAGGGAAUCAGAAGCAACAAACAAAAGGACUGUACACUAAUGACCACAGAUGUCUUCAGGAAAUAAAGAUGGUGGUGUGUU